AUGACUACGUUUACAGCAGAAACCAUACAAAACUCAUGGCCACCAAAGGAAGCACAGAAGUCCAUCAUCCACGUCUCGUCCCAUGCGGCCAAAAAAAGAGUUGUUCGUUCGAUGUUUAAGUAUUGGUUACUGCGCCGCAGUAGAAUGUCUCACUGCUGCACCAUAUACGUCCGCUCUCAAGCCACCAUGAACGUCAGAGGCUUGGCGCACAAACAAAACGUAAGACCACCGCCUAUCUUGCGUUCAAUUUUUCUGCGCAGAUCGAACUCGCAAAAGCAUCAUCAUCAGCAGGAUCGGGCUCUUGAGACUGGAGCUGAUCGAGGACAUGGUCCGCAAGCGGCCGGAAAAACAAUGGACGCUAAUUCUUGGUUUGAGCGGAUGGACAUAGAUCAGGAGGAGGCGCCGAGAGACACAGAGAUGGUUAUACCAACGAUUGUGAUACAUCCGCCAUCAGACGAUGAUUGUGAUAUGCAGGAGGAGACAAUGGAUGUGGAGAUGGUCUGUACUGAGGAUGAGUCGCAGCUAUAG